AUGAACGCCGGUAUGGACAGCCAGGUCAACGCGAUGAUAGAAGAUGCGGUGGCCUCUGCCAGUCAGCAAAACCCAUUACAGGGAGGCGAUACUAGCUUGCCCAAGUUAGGCGCGGCCAAGUUCGCCACGGGCAUGAUCUAUCCUCCUCCCGAUAUUCGAACCAUUAUCGACCGCACCGCCACGUUCGUUGCUCGGUCUGCGAAUCCGGUUCAGUUUGAGGAUAAAAUCCGGGAGUCUCAGCGUAAUGAACCCAAAUUCUCGUUCCUCAACUCGGCCGACCCAUACCAUGCUUACUACAGGCACCAAAUCCAAAGGGUCGAGGAUGGCGUAGAAGAGCCCGAGGUCGUCCCGGUCAAGAAGGAUGCUCCCCAAGAAACCGUGCUCCAGAUUCAAGCACCACCAAAGGAGCCGCCUCCACACGACUUUGUUUUUGAUGCCCCCCAAGUUAGCGCUGUCGACUUGGACAUCAUCAGACUCACAGCAUUGUAUACUGCCCGUCGUGGUCGCCCAUUCCUCAAUGCGCUCAUGGCGCGCGAGGCCCGAAACUUCCAAUUCGAUUUUCUACGCCCCAACCAUUCGCUCUUUAGCUACUUUAACAACCUCGUUGAGCAAUACACCCGUGUUCUUCGCCCUCCUAAAGAACUGCUCGCCAAAAUUGCCCUCCAUGCCACGCCAGAAGGAAAAUGGGAUAUGCUUGCCGAGGCGCGCGAACGGGCAACGUACGAAAGAUGGCGUAGGGAGAGGGAAAAGAAGAAAGAGGACGAUCAGGAGGCUGAGCGCAUCGCGUUUGCCGAGAUUGAUUGGCAUGACUAUCAUGUUGUUCAGACGAUUGAGUUCACCGCAGCCGACGCGACCUCCGAUCUCCCACCUCCAAUGAGUAUUGCCGAGGUGGAGAACAUGACCCUCGCCCAAAAACGUAUGGCUGCCCAAAUUAUGGAGGCCACUGCCCCUGACGUGGAAGCAUACCGUGCGGCGAAUGCCCAACCCGAGGAAGAUCUCAUGUUGGAGGACUUGGGAGCCGAUGGGUUCUCAGCGAUGGGUGCAAACGCCGAUGACGAAGAGGUGCGGGAAAGGAAGCGAAGGGAGGCAGAGGAGAGGGAGAGAGAAGAGGCUCGUGCACGCGAGAUGCAAAAUGGUACAAAUGCACCUAUGAAGAUUCGCAAGGACUACGUGCCAAAGACCCUUGCAGCCAAGGCGGCAUCAAAGCAAAUCAUGACAACCUGUACUAUUUGCGGUCAACAAGUUCCCGAAUCCGAGCUUGCAGAGCACAGACGUAUCGAACUUUUGGAUCCCAAAUGGAAGUCCCAACGCGAUACUUUGGAGAUGCGCCGUGCUCAAGCCAGCGAGCUUCAAGGAGGUGCGAAUGUUGUUACUUCCCUUCGCGAUUUGGCACGCACCCGUACCGAUAUUUUUGGUGCCGAGGCCGAAGAAGAGGCGCGCAAAAAGGAGGCCGCAGAAGAGCAAGCGCGCCGACGCGAACGCGAAAAGGUCGUUUGGGACGGUCACACCGCAUCCAAGGCUGGUACUCUUGAUAAGUUCCAGUCCAACGCGAAUCUGGAGGAACAGAUCGCGGCCAUUCACAAGGCUAAGCUCGGUAUUGGCGCGGCUACCGGGCACACGAUCGGGCCCACAGCAGGCCCUUCGGGGGUUAGCACGCUACCCAUCAACCCAUCACUGCCCGCUAAUCCAACAACGCUCCCACCUCCCCCAAUGGAUCCAGCGGGCGUCUAUUCGGCGGGCGCGACCGUCUUUGCAGCACCCCAGCCACUGCCACCCCCGCACCCCUCCUUACCAGCAAUGCCCACGUUCGCGAUGUCUCCGCCGGGCAUCCACCCGAGCCGGCUGGCCGCGAUGGGCAUGCCUGGAGCACCCUCACCUGUCGCAGGUGUAGUACGCAGUGCGGACGAGAUGAACGGGGGCGAUGGUAUGCAACAAGCUGCACCCAAACGACCUCGAGUCGAGAAGCUACCAGAGGGACGGUACUAUACUGAACAAGAUUGGCAGAACUUGCACAACAACGAGCCGGUAUCGAUUAACGUUCAACUCCCGAACCACCCCGAAAAUCCGGAGUGGAAGAUGAAUGGACAGGUGGUCACUGUGCCUGACUUGCCCCUUACACUCCUCAUUUCUACCUUGCGUGACCGGGUACAACAUAUAGUCGGAAGCUCUCUCGGUGCAAGCUGGAUGCGGUUCAGCUACAACGGGAAGCCUUUGACCAAUAACCAGACACUCGCGAGCUACAACCUUGGGGAAGGAGACCUCAUCGUCCUGGACGUGCGGAAAAAGAAGUAG